AUGCACUUCCAACUUUUGACACUCAUUGCCAGCUCUUUUAUUUUGGCCAAUGCAUUCCCUUUAUCUACACUACCUAAGAGAGACGAUACUAAGCAAUUUCACGGAGAUGCUACCUUUUACCAGCCUGAGGCUGAUGCUUGUGGUACCUCGAGCACAGCAGACGAUCUGGUGGCCGCUUUAAAUUCCCCUCAAUUUGCCGACGGUAAUGUCGAGUCUGACGAGAAUCCAAACUGCGGAAAGAUUGCUCGCAUUACCAGGGGUGACAAACAUGUCAAAGUAAAGAUCGUUGAUCUGUGUCCUGAAUGCCACGAAGGAGAUUUGGAUUUGUCUCCAGCUGCGUUCAACAAGAUUGCUGAUCCGAUUGAAGGACGAGUCAAGAUUGCAUGGACUUGGGACAAUUGA